AUGGAAAGUUACUACAAAGACCUUUUCUCCACCUCCAAUCCGAUCCUUGUAGCUGAAUCUCUAGAGAAAAUCCCAUGCAGGGUGACUAAUGAGAUGAAUGUGGAACUGAUGAAGGAAUUUACAGAAUUGGAAGUCAAGGAAGCCUUGAAUCAGAUGGCUCCCCUAAAGGCUCCGGGUCCGGAUGACAAUAUUAUGGUUGCUUUUGAGACCUUUCACCAUAUGAAGCAACAUAAUUCAAGGAAGCAUGGGUUUAUGGCUAUCAAAUUAGACAUGAGUAAAGCCUAUGAUCGGGUGGAAUGGGUGUAUCUGGAGAGGCUUUUGGAAAAAAUGGGUUUCUGUGAUAGAUGGGUAGCUCUUAUGAUGAGUUGCGUAAAAUCAAUGUCGUAUUCUAUCAUGGUGAAUGGUGAGCCAACUGGGAUGAUCUAUCCAAAGAGAGGAAUUAGACAAGGAGACCCACUAUCUCCUUUCCUUUUCCUUUUAUGUACGGAAGGACUUCAUGCUCUCAUAAAACACUCGGCGAGGAAUGGGGAUAUUAAGGGUUUUUCCUUGUGCAAACGAGGCCCAAAGCUAACCCACUUAUUUUUUGCAGAUGAUAGCUUGCUUUUCCGUGGGUCAAUUCCUGAGGAUUGCCAUAAUGUGCUAAAGAUUUUGGGUGAAUAUGAGGCUUGGUCAGGGCAAAAAAUUAACAAAGAGAAGACCGCAAUUUUCUUUAGCAAAUCUACCACGGAUGAAGCAAAAUCAAGCAUAAAGAACCUCUUCCAAGUCCAAGAAGUGAAGUCCUAUGAGAAAUAUUUGGGGCUCCCCUCUUUUGUUGGGAGGGGAAAAAAGGCUAGCUUCAACUACAUAAAAGAAAGGGUUUGGAGGAAACUGCAAGGAUGGGAGGGUAAAUUGUUAUCUCAAGCAGGGAGAGAGGUCUUAAUCAAAGCUGUGAUCCAAGCUAUCCCUACUUAUGCUAUGGGAUGCUUUGAAUUGCCAUUGGGACUCUGUGACGAUAUUGAAGCAAUGAUUAAGAAGUUUUGGUGGGGGCAAAGAGGAAAUAGAAGAAAAAUUCACUGGAUCCGGUGGAGCGAAUUGACUAAAUCCAAAAUGGUGGGUGGAAUGGGUUUUCGCGACUUGGCUCAUUUUAAUGACGCCCUUUUGGCGAAACGAGCGUGGCGGCUUCUGCACAACAAGGAAACCCUCUUUUACAAAGUUUUUAAGGCCAAGUUCUUCCCCAACACUUCUCUUUUAGAAGCUAAGGAAAUAAGUUCGGGAUCCUAUGCUUGGAAGAGUAUUCUUUACGGCCGUGAUGUUAUCCUUGACGGUGCUUGUUGGAGGGUGGGGAAUGGAAAGUCCAUAAAAAUAUGGCAACACCAUUGGCUACCUCGAAAACAUCCAACCAAGAUCCUCUCUCCAGUGGUGGAAACAAUGGAAGAAGCCACAGUGGAUAGCUUAAUUAAUGAAGAAACGAGAACUUGGAAUGUUGCUAUGAUUGAUGGAAUUUUUGCUCCACAAGAAGUUGAGGAAAUAAAGAACAUCCCACUGGCUAGAGAAGACUCUAAAGACUCUCUGUAUUGGCCGUGGGAGCAUGAUGGGAGGUAUAGUUGCAAAACGGGCUACCGCUUCUUGAAGGAAGAUGAAGUUGGUUUUCAAGUGCCUGUGCACCAAAAGCAUGAGGAAGGGUUAUGGAAGAAGAACACUGCUGUGACCGAUGUAAAGAAGAAUCUGAAGACAUGUUGCAUGCAAUGUGGAGUUGCAAAAAACUGGAUGGGGUUUGGGGAGCAAACAGUGUGUGGAAUUUUCGGAAUCAACAGAGCUUUACAAGUUUUAGUGAGCUUUUGGCCUGGGUCUUCGAUCAUCAAAGGAAUCCGGAUCUGUUUGCCUUCAUUAUCUGGUCUAUUUGGCACCAAAGGAACCAGCUUCGGACUCAACAAGCUCAUCGUCCCUUACAACAAAUUCCUCAGUGGGCACAUGACUGUUUCAGGAACGCUCAAAAUCAACUUUGAUGGCGCCAUCCUCACCGAGGAAAAAUGUUCCGGACUGGGAGUUGUGAUCCACGACGAGAAGGGCCUUGUUCUGGCCUCCAUGGCAGCUCGGAUUCCACAGCAACUCCGGCCUGAGGAGAUCGAAGCUCUAGCUGCGUCCAAAGCCCUUGAGUUCGCAAGAGAUUUGGAUGUCACUGAUGCAAUCUUGGAAGGUGAUUCUCUAAUGGUAAUGUCGGCUCUGAAGCUCAAGAAUUUUGGUCUUGCUCCGUUUGGGUUGUUGUUACAAGACUCUGUAGUCUUUUCUUCAUGUUUCACAAAAUUGUCCUACUCUCACACUAAGAGAGAGGGCAACACAGUAGCACAUAAUUUGGCAAAAUUAGCUUUUAAUUGUACAAGUUGUGUAAUUUGGAUGGAAGAUGUUCCACUUGUUGUAAUGCCUUCUUACCAGACUGACUUAGCUGGUAUUUUCUAA